UUUACCAUUUAGAAAGUAAUAGAAGGAAAAACAAAGGAACAGGAAAUUCCAUUGCCCAGAAACUUACCUCCAGCAAAAGGAGGCAUCAGGGAAAAUUUUAUUCACUUACCGUAGAAAAAGAGCAAAAGAGGUGACGAUGAAAUGGGGCUGCAUUUCAAUUUCUCCUCAUCUGCGCUCAGUUUUCUCACAAACACCAUCUCUGUUUGUCUCUCAGGAUUCUCUUGCGUUUGCUAUAUAUCUUUCUGUGUGGCUAAGCAUUUUGGGAUCAGAUCUGAGUUUAAUUGUGCUGGCCGGCUCAAAAGGGGAAUUUUGAAGAGAAAUGACAGUUGGCAUUAACCCUUGAUUUCACUAGUAUCUGCUAUUCAUCUUCCAAGAAAUAUCCUCUUGACUCUCUCAUUGAUUUGCCCGCUUUAUAUUCUCUCUUAUCCGUGGCCGGCUCAACUCUUCUAAUCGGAAAGAAAGUUCAGGCUCUGCAAUCGCGCAAUUAAGCUACUUCUAAUUUUUGCUUGGCCUUAGUGUCUCAACUUCCUUUAAUUUCUUGUGCUAAUCCUGCAGGUACACUAUCUAUUUAGUUUUUCAAUCUUGCUUUUGUUAUGUCCUCUUUAGAAUAUAUAUAUAAAAUGAAAAUGUCUCAAUUUUAUUGUGGAUUCGCAUGUUCUUAUUGACAAAGAUGCCUCUUUCUAAUUAGAUUCCUCGUUUUUAAAUUGUUUGUGUUUACCUUAAUUAGAAGCUAAGGUACUUUUAUUAAUCUAGAAAAUUCUCUCUCUCUUUUUUUUUUGGGUACUCAAGGUACAUGUAGACAUGUCUUCCAAGUGAUCAUAUUGGAAUCAUAUGCUAUUCUUCUAGGAAAUAUCCAUCAAACCCUCUAAACAGGAGAAUUAAGUUUACAGUUGCAGAUUUACAGAUCUGCUGCGUAUUCUAAUUUGCUUGGCUUAAUCUUGGUACCAGUGUCCAACUUUCUUCGAUUCCUUUUGCUAAACUUGCGGCAGGUACACUAUCUAUCUAAAUCUUUAAUUUUAGAUUUCUCCAUUGGUGCACAAUUUGAUUACCUUAGAUUUCUUGCUUUCAAUUGAUUGCUAGUUCAGUUUUUUCAUUUUUUUAAGUGACAAGUUGAAUAAUGAAAAAAGCCAGUGACAAUUU